AUGGUUUCCUUCGCGGCACUCAUCUCCGCCAUCUCCAUGGCUCUCCUUGCCACUACCAUCAGUGCUGCCCCAGCCAUUACGGAGGAAAGAGACUGGCCACCGCCUACCAGCUCAGUCCUGGACUUCACCCUCUAUAAGGAGACCUCACUUGGCAACGAAGGAAAGUGCUGGGGCAAUGUUCCCGGCGGCGAUCUCCACGUUGCCCCAACCGACCUUGUCUCAUUCGACGGCACAACCAAGAGCACCGCUUGCAAUAAGGCCGACUUCUAUGUCGCCCACAUCAAUACUGCGCAUCCGGGCUACAACUGCAAUGUCUACGUCUAUGAUGAUGAUAAUUGCUUGAAUAAUAUUGGAUGGUAUGAGCCAUCUUCGCCAUGCGAGAACCUUUAUUCCAGCUAUGGUCGCGUUGAAUUCAAUUCGUGGAAAGUGACCUGCACCUGAGCAGGUCGUGGAUGGUGGAGAGAUUAGAGUGGUG